GUCACUCCCAGUCACACACUCUGACCCUCUGCAUCUCUCUCACACAGCCAAACACACUCUGUUGCCUUCAUUCUUAACCUCCAGAGCUUGCGUUUUCCUCCUUUCUCUUUCAGCUAUAAACACUGUCUCUCAUUUUCUCUCAGUUCCAUUCAUAAGGUCCCACAAGAAGACAUUUUGUCUCACACCACUGUACUGUAUUGCCACCCCCUCCUCGUUGUUUCCCUUCCUCAAACUAAACACUCACUCUUUCUCUUCACAUUGAGCUUCUAGGCAAAGUAAAACAGGGGGAAAGGAAGAGGGAGAAAGAGAAAGAGAGGGAAGAGUUUGAGAAUCGCGGGCCCCUCCUACUUUCCGGAGAUGCUCCAGCCCAUCCCUAAAUGGUGGGCCAAUGAGGGUGGCUCAUUCACAACUCAUGCGCUCCUUCUACAAUAGGUAAGGAGAGAGAGACAGAGAGAGCAAGAGAUAUAUACAAGGAGAGAGAGAGAGAGAGAGGGAAAAAGAGUGACUGUGUUUGGGGGAGAAAGACGGUGAGGAAGUGAGAGGGAAGACAAGGAAGAGGGGAAAGAAGUUACAACAAAGUUAACCCCUGGGGAUUAAGAAGUGACUGAGAGACAGGCAGAGAGGACAGAUGAAGAGAUAGAACUCAUCACAGGGACAGAUUUACAGUGUGGACAACCUGCACAGGAGAAAAAGGCAGUAAGUGGCUUUUGAACAGAGACUGGAGCUGGGAGAGGAGUAUUUUGAAAAGCAAAGAAUCAUUGGAACCUCCUCACUUGAUCAAAGCUGCCUCUUAAAACAUCAGAAGAACAAAAGAGAGUGUGACAAGACAGAAAUCCCUACAGGUGUAGAUGCAGACAGGUGGACAGUCAGACAUGUUGCCUGUGCUUCUGCUUCUCUGCGUGGCUGGAGGAGUUUGGGGGUCCGCCCCCGGAGUGUGGGGGUACGGACGGAUCCAGGACAGGCAGGGGCAGGCGGCACCACUGUGCCCGUCUCUGUGCCAGUGUGAAGAAGAUGGAAUCUUCAUCAUGGUGGACUGCUCGGAGUUGGGACUAUCAUCUGUGCCACCCAACCUCAGCCCUCUAACCACUUACCUGGAUCUGAGUAUGAACAACAUCAGCGAGAUCCAGCCCAGAGCCUUCCACCGACUGCACCUGUUAUCAGAACUGCGUAUCUCAGGGAAUCAGCUGAGGUAUAUCUCAGGCCACGCUCUCCAGGGUCUCCACAACCUCAAAGUUCUGAUGCUACAAAACAACCAACUGGAGAGACUUCCUGAUGAUGCUCCAUGGGACCUACCCAACCUACUGUCCCUGCGUCUUGAUGCUAACCUGUUGUCUGAGGUUCCGGCUGGGGCCUUUAGAGGGGUUCGCUCUCUAAGACACCUGUGGUUGGACGACAACUCCCUAACAGAGAUCCCAGUGACGGCCCUGGACUCUCUGCCCUCGCUGCAGGCCAUGACACUGGCCCUCAACCAGAUCACACACAUCCCUGAUUAUGCAUUCACCAACCUCUCCGCCCUUGUCGUACUGCAUCUCCAUAACAACAAGAUCCAGAGCAUGGGCGCGCGAUGUUUUGAAGGUUUACACAGUCUGGAGACACUGGAUUUAAACUACAAUGAUCUGCAGGAGUUCCCUGUGGCCAUCAGGACACUGAGUAAGCUUCAGGAACUGGGCUUCCAUAACAACAAUAUCAAAGCCAUCCCUGAGAAGGCCUUCGUGGGAAACCCUCAACUUCAAACCAUUCAUUUCUAUGAGAACCCCAUCCAGUUUGUGGGAAAAUCUGCUUUCCAGUUCUUACCUAAGUUGCACACACUUUCCCUUAACGGAGCAACUCAGAUUCAAGAGUUUCCUGAUCUGAAAGGAACCACCAGCCUGGAAAUAUUGACGCUGACUUGGGCCGGUCUCUCAGCUCUCCCUCUGGAUCUAUGUGAGCAGCUGCCUCGCCUCAGAGUGCUGGAGCUGUCUUACAACCAGAUAGAGGAUCUGCCCAGCUUUUACCACUGCUCUGCAUUGCAAGAGAUAGGGCUACAGCAUAACCAAAUCAGGAGGAUAGAGUCAAUCACCUUCCAGCAGCUCACCUCUCUAAGAGUACUUGAUCUGAGCUGGAAUAUGAUCGAGUGGAUCCACCAAGAUGCCUUUUCCGCGCUUCACUCUUUGAUCAAACUGGACCUGAGUGAGAACCGUCUCAGCUCAGUACCUGUUGCAGGUUUGGGGGGUCUCACCCAUCUCAAGCUGAGGGGCAACACAGAAUUAUACGAGGCCUUCAGUCCUGAUCACUUCCCCCGUAUGAGGGUAAUAGAGAUGCCUUAUGCCUACCAGUGCUGUGUGUAUGGUUCCUGUGAUAGCUACAAGCCAGCCAGCCAGUGGGACACAGAGCAGAGCAACACUGAUGAGGACCUACACAAGAGGACUGUAGCCAUGUACCCUAUCCACGCUGACACACACUAUGACCCUGACCUGGAGGAGUUCCAACUAGAAAUAGAGGAAUCCAAACUACAGACCAGUGUCCAAUGCACACCGACUCCAGGUCCUUUCCGUCCCUGUGACUCUCUGUUGGGCAGCUGGCUGGUUCGUGUGGGCUUGUGGUCGAUCUCCUUGGUGUCUCUUCUGGGGAACUCCCUCCUGCUCCUGUCCCUCUUUGGCUCACCCGGCUACCUGUCACCGCUCCGCUUCACUGUGGCCUGCAUGGGUGCCUCCAACCUGCUGACGGGUGUGUGUACAUGCACCUUAGCCCUUGUGGAUGCUCUAACCCUGGGAGAGUUUGGUCACCACGGUGCCCGCUGGGAGGGGGGUCCUGGUUGUCAGGCGACCGGAUGGGUCUGGGUGUUUGCGUCUGAGGCAAGUGUGUUGCUGCUGACUCUGGCAGCUGUACAGUGUGGCGUGAGCGUGACAUGUGCCCGCGCCUAUGGGAAGUCCCCAUCCCUUGGCAGUGUACGCACAUGUGCACUUUUCUGCCUCACUCUUUCUCUCACCCUUGCUUCUCUCCCACUGGUAGGAGUUGGAGAGUACGGGUCCUCACCUUUCUGCCUUCCCUCGCCCCUGCCACCCCCAUCCUCUCGACUGCCAUCAUCCCUGGGCUUUCCCUUGGCGCUCAUUAUGAUGAACACCCUGUGCUUGCUUAUUGUCACAGGUUCAUACAUCCGCCUUUACUGGGAGUUACUUAGGGGAGAAUGUGAGGGCCUAUGGGACUGCGCUAUGAUCAAACAUGUUGCCUGGCUAAUAUUCACCAAUGGCCUCCUCUAUGUACCAGUAGCUUUCCUCUCCCUCUGCUCCCUCCUGGGUCUCCUCUCUCUGGGGGAGGAAGUGCUAAAGUCAGUUCUCCUGCUUCUCCAGCCUCUGCCUGCCUGCCUCAACCCCCUCCUCUUCCUCCUUUUCACACGAGACCACUCCCAGUUCUUCUUCUGGACUCACCCCAAAGCGCGUCCACAGCUACGCCGGGACCACACUCUGGACUCGCUGGUUUCUGUGGAGACAGAGAAGAGCUCCUGCUCAGAUUCAUCGACACAGGUGUCACUCACUGAUGCCCUGUACAGUGGGGGGCCCCCAUUCCAACCCCGACUGGAUCCAAUCAGGUUUUCCCACUGCUCCUCUUCUUCCUCUGUUCCUCUCAUCCCUUGCCAGAUAUCCACUCCCACUGCCAGAGAUAGAGACAGGGUGACAGAACGAGGGAGCCUGAACGAUGAUGAAUUUCUGAAGAAUUUGGAUCAAGAUGUGAUUCAUAACACUUGCCCUCUGUAUCACUCUACCAUGACUCCCUCUCUCACCUCUCAUCCAUGAGCCUCCAAGCUAGUGGUCUGAAUAGCUGGGACACUAUGGACACUAAAGGACCAUCACUGAACAGCAGCAGCAAGACCAGCUCGGGGUUAUCAAUCCUCAAGCACCUCAGAAUGAGUCCACACAGAGACUAUAGAGUACUCAAGAGAAGACUAUGAGAACACAACAAAGUGCCUCUGAAAAUGGAGAGUGCAACUAAAAGUUCCCUUCACACUAAAGACUAUUAAAGGAAACACCACAAUAAAACAUGACUGCUAUAAUAAAGGACAAUUUCAGACACUACCCAGUGGACUGCGUCAGUCAUGGACUCGAAUGACAAAAAGAAAGCUAAAAUAAAAGUUUGUUAACUACAUGGAAAAUCCAAGCAUCAGACAAAUCAAUGGUAUAGCCAAGGGGAAUCUAGGUAGAACCAGUAGAAUUUUAAGUGUAAAUGUUUAUACUGAGAUGUGAUCAUGAGACAUGCAGCUUAGAGGUUACAGAUUGUUUGGUUAUAUUUUAAAUGGAGUUGUCUUAUUUGUUUGUUUUAAAUAUAUGUUCUAUCCUAUUGCUAAGGUCUGUUUCAAAGAAAGGGAGUCAUCAUCAGACGCGCCAGGACAUUUUACCAGAGUAAGCUAACAUUUUUCAUUCACAGAAAUGUUGUCAGAUAUACUUCUUUGCAACUGUGUAAUACCUGUUAUAAAAAUGUUAUUCUUUAUGUGGCAGCAAAAUGCAACAGAAAACAGAUCGCACAUACAGUUUUCACGAAUUUGUCGCGAAUAUGCAAUUGUGCUCAAAAGGACACAAGCAGUUAUACAGACUGAGUGGGAUGUAGCUAUCUUUCUACAGACAUUAGUGUAGGCUAGCAAUAUGUACAUACAAUGUAACUACCUCUGAACUAGCAUGGUAUUGACUCACUACAGCCUUAUGAUGUUUGUCUCCCUUUUUAUAUGAUAAACAGCAAAUAUAUAAUUUUAUAUAUUAAGAAAUAAAUCCUUAGCUUGUAAAAAAAACUUGCUAUUUAGGAUGUACAUACUUUGUAUACAACUGGUAAGCAUAUGUUUGAAUAAAAUUAUCUUCAUACUGUA